AGGCAGCGCGGGCAGCUCGGGAGCCCGGCGCGGCCCCGGCCCCGGCCCCGGCCCCGGCGCCGCCGCCGCGUUCGCCGCAUGACGCCCAGCGGGCACCCCCCGGGGCCCCGCCGCUCCCCCCAGGCCUGGACAGCGAAUCUGGUUGCGAUGGAGACCGUGUCCCUGGAGCACCAGAUCCAGAGCGUGCACCGGCACAUCGCCUUCCUGAAGAAGGAGCAGAUGGAGCUGCUCCAUGCCCUGCACCUGGAGAUCCUCCGCUUGCAGAAGCACUGCUCAGAGCUCACUCAUGACCUGGAACUGAAAGAGCUGGAAGCCCGGCAGCAAGAGGUGCUGGACCGGGAGCUGGAGGAGAAGUGCCGCGCGAUGGAGGCACAGCUGCAGGAGAAGGAGAAGGACAACCUGGAGCUGCGCAAGGAGCUGCAGCACAAGGAGACGCUGGUGGCCGCGCUGCGCUCCAGCCUCCGCAACAAGGAGCGCCGGUUCCUGGAGCAGCUGAAGCGGCGGAGCCACCGCGUCACCAUCCUCGACACGGAGCUGCAGAAGCAGACGGAGGCGGCCGCGUACCUCUCGCUGCAGCUCCACGCCACGGCGCAGCGGCUGCCGGCGCCCCGCGCCCCGCAGCAGCCCCCCGACACCGCCCCGGCCGACGGCAGGCCCCGGCGCCGCGGCCACAGGGCUCAGCCCCGCCGCCCGCCCGGUGACGGUGCCCGUUCCAGGGACCCCCCGCCCGAGGAGCACGACGCCAUGCCCGACCCGGCGCUCUUCCUGUACUCGGCGCGGCCGCAGCGCCCGCAGCCCUCCGCGCCCCCCCGCACACAGCGGCCGCCCCGGCCCCCCGCGCAGGAGCCCGUGGCCAGGGCCAGGUCGGGCAAGGGGGAUCCCGGCAAGAGGCAGGGGCCCGGCCCCCGCGGCUCCCCCGGCACCAAGGAGUAGAGGCCGAGCGGCCGGCAUGGCCUGAGCCCUGCGGCACCGGGGUGGGCACCGGCCACGCUGCGUCCCCCCCCGUCCCCUCGAGGGGAAGGGGCAGCGGAAGGCGGGUGCCUUGCUCGCAGCUCCUGAUGCAGGCAGCCAGGAGGAUCCCCCUUGCACAAAGGGUCUGAGCACUGCAGGACAGUGGGCAACAGGC